CCAGCGGCAGCAUGGGCGGCGCCCGGCACGCGGGCUGGGUGGCGGCGGGCCUGGUCCUCGGGGCCGGCGCCUGCUAUUGUAUUUACAGGUUGGCGCGGAGCCAGCGGCGAGGUAGACAGAGGUUUCGUCUGGCUUCCUCCCAGUCCGCAGAAGACUUAACCAAUGGUUCAUAUGAUGAUGUCCUAAAUGCUGAACAACUUCAGAAACUCCUUUAUCUGCUUGAGUCAACUGAGGAUCCUAUAAUUAUUGAAAAAGCUUUGGUCACUCUGGGUAACAAUGCAGCCUUUUCAGCUAACCAAGUCAUUAUAUGUGAAUUGGGUGGUAUUCCAAUUGUUGGAAGCAAAAUCAAUGAUCCCAACUACAGUAUUAAAGAGAAGGCUUUAAAUGCACUGAGUAACCUGAGUGUGAAUGUCGAAAAUCAAAUCAAGAUAAAGGUAUACGUCAGUCAAGUCUGUGAGGAUGUCCUCUCUGGUCCCCUGAAUUCCCCCGUGCAGCUGGCGGGACUGAGAUUGUUAACAAACAUGACAGUUACCAAUGACCACCAGCACCUGCUUAGCAAUUACAUCACAGACCUAUUCCAAGUGUUGCUUACAGGAAAUGGAAGCACCAAGGUUCAGGUUUUGAAACUGCUGUUGAAUUUGUCUGAAAAUCCAGCCAUGACAAAAGAACUACUUGGUGCACAAGUGGAUUCAUCAUUCCUUUCCCUUUAUGAUGGCCACGUGGCAAAGGAGAUUCUUCUUCGAGUUCUUACACUAUUUCAGAAUAUAAAUAACUGCCUCAAAAAGGAAGGCAAUUUAGCUAAACCUGCUUUCACAAAAGGUUCUUUGUUUUUUCUGUUAUAUGGAGAAGAAUGUGCCCAGAAAAUGCGAGCGUUAGUUAAUCACCAUGAUGCAGAUGUAAAGGAAAAGGUAACAAUAGUACCCAAGUUCUAACUGUUAGAGCAUAUUUUUCCAAAGAGUAAUGCAGUCUGGAACUAACUCCUUUUUCAUCUUCUUUACAAAGGGAUUCUUUCAGCCACUGAAUUUAAACAGUAAAUACUAGAUUUCAUCAUUUGCACAGUAUAGCUGCUUGUUCUAAAACAUUUUUUAUUUUACUCUUUGCUGAGCUACUUCGGGUUAUUUCCUUGCCAUGAAAUAACUGACCUUUUUAUGUGUGAGCUGCUCUUCUACUGUUUGCUGUGACUUGUAGAUACUCAUCUGAGACAGCAUUAUUAGUACAUGUACGUGAUUGUUUCAGAACUACCAUAAAAAUGACCUUGUUCUUUUAGUAGCAAUGAGAUCCUAAGCUCUUGAGUCCACCUGCCAGCCUAGCCAUACUGCUUUUAAGUCUAUUCCAAUCAUUAGACUCUAUUCUAGUCAAUGAAAAUUGUAAACUUUUAGGAGAAAUGUUUCCUAUCACCCACUCGUACUCAAUGUGCCAGUAUAUAAAGAUGCUGUAUAUAAAAUACUGGGAACAAUCAAAUGUCCACCUAUAAAGGCAACAGGUUAAAGCAAUUAACUAGUCUUAAAAGAACUAAGCAGGUCUAAAUGUGCUGAUGUGGAAGGACGCCCAUGAAAUAUGGAUGUGUUUUUUAAAUGAAAAGUACAUGUACAUAUAUGGACAGCACACUUGUUACAAUGAUACCCAAACUCCUGGGAAUGGGAUUUUGGAGUGAGGAAAUGACUUUUCUAUGUACACCUUCUACUCUAUGAGGUUUUUUACUGUGGCAUAACUUAUGUAGUAAUU